AUGGUCCUACAGAUGUAUCUCUUCACGCACCUCCGAGAGGCUGUGAACCUCAGUGGUGCUUUGGACUCCACGCUGCUCCAGGUGGACCUGGCGGGGGCGCUGGCAGCUGGUGGCCUGAGUGCCCCCGGGAGAGAAGAGCACAUCGUGGUCAAGGUCACCCAGACAGAUGCUGCGGGCACCAGACGGCGGAGGCCACAGCAGGUCACCCAUAACUGGACAGUAUUUUUAAGUCCAAGAAGAAAUGAGCACUUUGUCAUAAGCAGGACCUUUGAGAUACGGAGCAGAGAGGCCAUUUUGAUCACCAUCCAAGGUUCCCUCCUGCAGAACCAGGCAGUUCCUGUCUUGAUGGCUCAUCAGUACCUCCGUGCAGAUGUGGAGACACAAGUCACAAUCGCUGUGGCCAUCCUGGCGGGCGUCUACAUACUGAUAAUAUUUGAGAUCAUCCACAGAACCUUGGCUGCCAUGUUGGGCUCCCUCGCAGCAUUAGCAGCACUGGCCAUGAUUGGCGAUAGACCUAGACUGAGCCAUGUGGUGGAGUGGAUUGAUUUUGAGACCCUGGCCCUCCUGUUCGGCAUGAUGAUCUUAGUAGCCAUAUUUUCAGAAACUGGAUUUUUUGAUUAUUGUGCUGUAAAGGCCUACCGUUUCUCCCGGGGAAGAGUGUGGCCCAUGAUCAUCAUGUUGUGUCUCAUUGCUGCCGUCCUCUCUGCCUUCUUAGACAACGUCACAACCAUGCUGCUCUUCACUCCUGUGACCAUCAGAUUAUGUGAGGUACUGAACCUUGAUCCAAGACAAGUCCUGAUCGCAGAAGUGAUUUUCACAAACAUCGGAGGAGCUGCCACUGCCAUUGGGGACCCGCCAAAUGUCAUUAUUGUUUCCAACCAGGAGUUGAGGAAGAUGGGCGUGGACUUUGCAGGAUUCACAGCACACAUGUUUGUAGGGAUCUGCCUCGUCCUCCUGGCCUCCUUCCCCUUCCUCAGGCUCCUAUACUGGAACAAAAAGCUUUACAACAAAGAGCCUAGUGAGAUUGUAGAGCUGAAGCAUGAGAUCCACGUGUGGCGUCUGACUGCGCAGCGCAUCAGCCCAGCCAGCCGAGAGGAGACCGCGGUACGCGGCCUGCUCCUGGGCAAGGUGCAGGCGCUGGAGCAGCUGCUGGCCUGGAGGCUGCACACCUUCCACAGACAAAUUUCACAAGAAGAUAAAAAUUGGGAGACCAACAUUCAGGAGCUGCAAAAGAAGCACAGAAUAUCAGACAGGACUCUGCUCGCCAAGUGCUUGACAGUGUUGGGAGUGGUUAUCUUCAUGUUCUUUCUGAAUUCAUUUGUCCCUGGCAUUCAUCUUGAUCUUGGCUGGAUUGCUAUUAUGGGUGCCCUCUGGUUGCUAAUUUUAGCUGAUAUCCAUGAUUUUGAGAUGAUUCUGCACAGAGUGGAAUGGGCGACACUCCUGUUCUUCGCAGCGCUCUUUGUUCUGAUGCAGGCAUUGGGACAUCUCCACUUAAUAGAAUAUAUAGGAGAACAGACUGCUUUGCUAAUAAAGAUGGUCCCUGAGGACCAGCGCCUUGCAGCAGCUAUUGUCCUGGUGGUCUGGGUCUCAGCUACAGCCUCUUCCUUGAUUGACAACAUCCCGUUCACUGCCACCAUGAUUCCUGUGCUUCUUAACUUGAGCCAAGACCCUGAGGUCAGCCUUCCUGUGCAGCCGCUCAUGUAUUCGCUAGCCCUUGGAGCCUGCCUAGGAGGCAAUGGAACCCUGAUUGGAGCAUCAGCAAAUGUAGUUUGUGCAGGAAUUGCUGAGCAGCAUGGAUACGGAUUCUCCUUCAUGGAAUUUUUCAGGUACUUUUAAACUCAUUUUCAAUUUGUUUAACAUAUAGCACCUAAGCUUACAUUAAUUAAAACAACAAU